AUUGCAUCACAUCCGAGUGAGUUAUCUGAGGGUGUGUGACUGAGUGUGUGUGUGUGUUUUUUUUCUUCUUUUUCUUCCAUUUCACAUGUUCAGUCAGAUCAGGAAGUGUGAUGCUGUAACAGAAGAGGAGGAGGAAGCGGGCACACAAUGGCACUAUGUCUGCUUUGCGGCCUUGUAACAUGAGAGGCCCCCGGCUGAAGACCCUUAUGUUUCUUCUUCUUCUGCUGCUGACCGCUCUGACACGCACAGGGUUGUGUCAAGAUGAAGAUGGUUCAGAAGAAGAUGUGACACAAGAUGAGACAGGUGACCUAGGCUCAGUUGUGGAUGGUGACACAGAAACCUCAGACCCAGCUGAUCCUGAUGCCACCUCGUCACCGGAAAACCCCACUACAGUGAAAACAGAUGGAAACCCCACAGAUGAAGAACCUGAAGGCUCAGGAGAAGAAACACCGGAGGAAAUCCACGAUCCAGAUGGAACCUUCCCACCAACAGAGGAUGAGAUUUUGAAUCCCAUCAUCAUCCUGAUCCCUGUGGUGCUGGCGGUCGUCAUUAUCGGCAUGAUAGUCUGCAGUAUUUUCAUCAAGCGCAGGUGGAACAACAAAGCCAGAAAUCAAGAGCUGAGGAAAGAGGAUCCAUAUUUGGAUGGUCCCAGUACAGAAAAGGUGCCAAUGCCCAUGUUUGAAGAGGAUGUCCCCUCAGUCCUGGAGUUAGAGAUGGAAGAGUUGGAGUGGAUGAAAAAGGAUGGUGACACUGCAGAGGACUCUAAACAAGCAUGAAUCUAUGUUAUGGUUAGGACACUCUCCCCUAGUAUGCAAGGACACACAGCCAACAUGCUUCGCUGCCAACUUGGAGUGUCCAACCUUCAAACAACAUCUGUGACCACAGGAACUAAUCUGACUGCCAGGAAAUGACAUCAUCACAUUUAAAGGACUCUCACAAUGGACAGCGACGUGCAAAAAUCCGACUGAAACCUGUUACAGAGUGGCUCCAAAGUGAUCCUUUUUUUGCCUUUUAUGUAUUGUUUUUGGCAUGCUUUGCCUAUUUCUUUUUCUUUUUAUUGAAAUUGUGUGAAUUUUUAGCAAUAGUCAGUCAUUCCAGGUAAAUGCACAGAACGUUCUGUCCCAUUAAUGGUACAAAUUGAAAAGCAUUACCUUUAACAUGAACACAGUGCAGCAGCUACUAUAACCCCUUUUCUGCUAAUGCUCUUACUGCCAAAGAGAUUGUUAUUGUCCUAAAGUGCAUUAGGGCAAUACUGAACCCCUCCCCUGCACAUACAGAUAUGACUGCUCAUAGUUUCUGCUGGAAGUUUCUCUUUGUUGUGUUUAAACUGUGCGACUGCCUCCAGCUGCAGGUGUUAUGGGGAAAUAUCCUGUUGAAGAUUGCAGGCACGCAUGACAGAGAAGGCCUCUCCUUUUCACGCCUGGACACAGCUUAUUGAGAAACUGUUGUGUUUUUCCUAAACAGAAAUCUCAAAGUGUGAAAUCAGUUGGAUUCUAUCGCUGCGUCUUUUGAUAAAUUCUUUGCUUGUUGCUGAAGCAGCUUUUCUUAAAGCUGCUGCCGCUGAUAAGAUUGUCAUCUCGCCAUAGAUAAUAACUCUAUCUGAAGAUGCUGCAUGUUUUGCAGCAUAUUUUGCAAAUGUUUUGCUUUCAGUUUGGACUAUAAAGUGUUGAUCGAAGCAGUCAGGAUUCUGAUCUCAAAAUGAGUGCAACUUUUCAAAACGUAUCAGUCAGUAUUUUGCAGUUUCUUGCAGUGUAAAUAUGAGAGAACAAAAAGUUAAUAUUUUCAAGGAAUGCCUUCUGUAAAUAUUUCAUAAAAUGCUUUGGUACUGCUUUGUUGUUGUAGUUGAUGAAGCUUUGAAAAAUAAAAUAUUUGUAAUUAUUUCUUACACACACUGGCUGUGUGGCUGAAAGUCGACCUGUCAGCAAAUCUUCCAUUUUUUCUUAUAGGCUGAAAUAUCUCCACAACUAUUCGAUGAAUUGCUCUGAAAUUUGGUACAAACAUAAUUGGUUUACAGAGAUACAUCAUAUUAAUAAAAGCUUGAAGAUAUAUUUAUGUAGCGUCACAGUGAGGUAACUGUGUUUCUGCUUCCAACUCAAUCAGCUGGCAGACAGCCUUCUCUUCUUCAGUUUAAACAGAUUUCUUCCACAACCUCUGUUAGCCUGACAUCUUGUUUCUAUCGAAAUGUGAAGCUGUCCAUGCUCAGCUGUUGUUAACACGCAUAGUGUCAUAUUUAAAGUAACUCGUAUGACCAUUCACCUACAAUCUUCAUUAAAGCCAGUGUACUCAGUUUGUCCUUCCAAUGAGCUCAUGGGAAGCCCCGCUCCACACUUCAAUGGAGGACAUUUCCAAACAUCUUGUUUCAACUCUGAGGAAAGGAUGAUGUAUUGUGAACAGCAUGUUGUUAUAAUAGAUGAGCAGGACCCCAACACGACGCACAUACCUGCAUAACCGUACAGCCCUUCCAAUGCACCUUUUUUACAUGUUUGUUUUUUACAUUUUAUAUUGUUUUAUCUUGCUGUGUUUAACUCCCUUGACUGUAGUAUUUUUGUCAUUUACUUGCCUUUUUACUUUUUUAUUUGACUUCUGUGUUCAUUGUUUUUGCACCAAAACAUCUAGUCAAAUUCCUUGUAUGUGUAAACCUACUUUGCAAUAAAUCUGAUUAUGAUUUCUGAUUCUAACUUUCCUACUUUUCUAUUUGCAGAAUGUAAAUAUAUUUAUUUUAUGACACUUUGAGCAUUUCUUUUCAUCUUUCCUGAUUGAGAUAACUUUAAUGAUAAUUUGACUCUCCAUAAAGAGCAUCAUCAUAAUAAAUCGUUACUCAUAGUUCUGACCACAAACCUGUUUCAAUUCAACGUUUAAUGUUUUAAAAGUUAUUAUAACUUUGCCUUCUAGCACACUGAACUAAGAAAAUGUAUGUUAUGGUUAUUUCAUGGUAGAAUGUGUGCUUAGUCUUUUUGCUUUAAACAACAUACGGCCUGGUACACAACUGGUAGCAUGCCCGUAAACUCAAUAAAGAUACAAGUAAAUCAUUUAGAUCAAUGUGAUUCCAUCCCAUCCCAUUUUUUUUUACAAUUGUUAAAGUGUGCUCCACUCUCUACUCUGCACUGUUUGUCUGAUGGGAUUCUGGGAGCAAGGUUGGACAGUUCACACUAACCAAUGAAUACAAAUGAGAGAGAAGUCUUGUACUCCAUUUCCUCCUUUUUUUCACUUUCUCAUUAGAUUUCCAGACAGCAGUCCUGUCCAUCAGCUCACACUGUCUGCAUCAUCACUGCUGUCUGGCUGCUCAAACAUGCUGACUAAACAUUGACAUUUUCAUUUUCAACAUUGACACCUGAGAAAAUUAUGUUUACUCAGGUAAAUCAACUCUGUGUCUGUCUGGUAAUAAAAGGGUUGUAAGAUC